CUUUUUCACUUCACAUAGAGCUCACCACAAACACCUCUCACAAAACUCACCUACCGCGUCCUUCACAAAGCCACAGGUAAGUCAACAGGCAACCAGAUGUCCACUGAUAGUAGGAAUUCGCUUGAUCUCGACGAGGGCGAGGUGACCUCGGACGCGUAUCAGCCGAACGGUGACAACAUGCCUCGCCUUCGGGGCGGAGAGGAACUCCCUCAUCACGGGGGUGACUCACACCACAACAGGUGGUGGGUGGAUACAAGUGCCACUCGUGCUGGAGCGCGUGCCCCAGGCGGCAGACUCACCCCUAUCACCAUUGAGGAUGACUCGGAAAGCGAUGUAUACGAAGUCCCACCACCGGCAACUCGUCUGUCAGAUGAGCACCAACACGCAUACCGUCGCGACAGCGCGGCGGUAUCGGCAGGUAGGCCAGUCGAAAACCAAUUCGACUUCAAUAACAGUAGUCAACCUCUGCCUUGGAACAACAGUCGACAUGGUAGUGGCCUUCAGUUUCGCUCUUUCGCCAAUGGUGCUGACGCGGAACUUCUCGUGUACUUGGAGAGCCGCAUGAUCUCAACAGGCUUUCUUGCGGAGAUCGAUCAAUUCCUGUAUGGUCACCCCGAGAUUGCUUCGUGUACGGAAGGUCGCAGUACCCUCCACCAGCUCAACACACUUUCUCCGCUUGACGCGUACAAGUACUUCCUCAGGGGAUAUACCCGACCAGCUCGAUACAUUGAUGGCGUUAUCAAGACGGAGCCUUUUCAAUUACCUAUGAGUUUUCCUUACCAGCCACUGAGCACGAAGCAUGACCCCGAGCUCGUCGACUUCUUUGACGGAUUCGAAUAUCGUCACGACAUCAUUCAGAGGAUCGACCAAGAGGUCUUCUACGGCAUCGAGGAGCUCAGCUUUUGUCGGCCUGUUCCUUUGGCCAUGCGUAAGCUAGUUUGUUAUGCGAUUUGGGGCAACCCAGUAGAUGCAUACAAGUGGUAUGAGUAUUCCUAUCAGCAGGAUUACAUGGCUCAUACAUAUUUACCUGAGCACGUUGUCCUCGGCCAUGUUUCAAGACCGGCAGACUACGCAGAACCUGAGCCCAGCGUGAUGCGUAGUUGGAGGAGUCAUAGAGUUGUGCGAUUUCGCAUGGCUAGAGCGAAGGACCAGGGUGUCGGUGAGUCACUACGAAGCGGAUGCAGCACUGCGGUGACAGAGAAGACGAAAUGCUUGAAACAUACCAUGGAUUCGAUUAGCGCCUUGUCUUUCUUUCAGUUCUGUUACACUGGAGUUCUUGUUAUGCUAACCUUUCACAGAUGUCCUUGAUGUGCUCAUGUCUGAGUUUAGGCUGGCGCUUGUUCGCAAAGGCCAUCGCCGAAUCGACGUUGACAACCUAUAUUCGAAGGCUAAGGCUCGCCUGGAGAAUGAGCGUCAACGUCCCACAGGUGUCGACAUCGUUGAUAUGAU